AUGGCUAAAAUGACACGCCUUUCCUUUAUGGCGACGUUUCUUUUCACAAGCUUUACGGGCGCAAACAUGGCUUACAAGUCUAGACCUGACCUUGCCGUCCCAGUCUUGAACAUUACAAUCCCAGCAACAAAUGACACUGCCAAAGGACUGAUCUUCUAUACCCCGGAGAGCACUUACGCCGACAAUACCGGGCACGGACCCGCUCAAAGCGGACCAUAUAUCUUCACCGAUAAAGGUGAAUUGGUGUGGUCAGGCUUUGGAUACGUCGGUCCACGAAGCGAGAACUUUCAAGUUCAUACAUACAGAGGCCAACAGGUAUUGGGCAUCUUUGAAGGUUCGCAUAACUCACCUAUGGGACACGGACACGGCCACACAUCAAUCUUUGAUAAUAUGUACCGCCUAUCGAAGGAGAUUAAGGGUGGAGGACAUUCUCUUGCGGAUCAGCAUGAGUUCCUCUUUUUCGAUAAUAGUUCUGCCGUCUUUACGGUCUUUGAUCCUGAGAUUCGUGACUUGACUCCCUAUGGUGCUACUUCGGAGACCCAGUCAUGGAUUCUAAAUAACAAGAUCCAAAAGGUUGAUACGGAUUCGAAUCGGGUGAUCUGGGAGUGGAGUGCACUUGACCACGUUGAUCCUGCUGGAACUAACCUGACGCUGGAAAGUGGGAAUGCUGGACUGGGCGUGAACUCGAGCCAAGCUUGGCAUUACUUUUAUAUGAAUGCGUUUGAUGUGGAUGCGAACACGAACACGUAUUUGGUUUCUGCGCGGAGUAUGUGUGCCAUCUUCAAAAUAGAUGGUGACACCGGGAAGACUCUCUGGCAGUUGGGUGGAAUGAACUCUGAUUUCGCUCUUGAGGAAGGGGUGGACUUUUGCUGGCAACACGACACCCGGAUGCACAAGAAAUAUCUCCACUACGAGUCAAAGGGAUCCAAAGAGAUUGUUUCGUUUUUUGACAACUCUGCCCAUGAGAAUCUUAGAGGCGGCCCUGAUCUCAAGACUCGGGAUUAUAGCGCAGGGAAGGUCGUUGAGCUGGAUACGAAGAGAUGCACUGCGAGACUGAUCGCCAGCUUUAGGGCGCCCGGUGAUCUCUCUGUGCGGUCACAAGGUAAUCUACAACUGCUGCCUAACGGCAAUGCAUUCAUCAACUGGGGAUACGAGGGAGCAAUAUCUGAGCAUAAGCCGGAUGGUACCACGAUUUUCUUCUCCAGGCUGGACUCGGGGAUAUUCGGACCUGGGUCUGAGAACUACCGUGCCUUCAAGUUUGAUUGGCAUGCUCUUCCCUCUGAGGAGCCUGCUCUGGUUGCUUUCAAGGAAUCAAAUGGAACAUCUCUCUAUGUGAGUUGGAAUGGAGACACGGAGACAAAGGCGUGGAUGUUCUAUGAGGAACAAAGCAAUGGCCAGAAGAAUUUGCUGGGCCGGGCCCUCAAAGAUGGAUUUGAGACUCAUUUGCAAACAUAUAAGAAGCCUGCUCGGGUUUUGGCCGAGGCAUAUGAUGCCCAUGGUCAUCGACUGGUGUCUUCAUCGAUCAUUGGGACACGGGAAUACCGAGCACGACUCUACUAUGCAUAG